CCCGCCCCACCCCGUUGGCUCCGAGCGGCGGCACCGAGAGGACCGAAACGGCUGCAGCAGCACCGGGACCGCCCGAACCGGCCGCCAUGGCCGAGUACCGCAGGCUGCUGGAGGAGCUGGCGCAGAACAUCACCGCCGAGGACUUGGCCCAGCUGAAGUCGGCCUGCAGGGAGGACAUCCCCAGCGGCGAGGGGGAGGCCAUCGCCACCAGCCAGCACUGGUUCGACUUCCUGGAGCGGCACAGCAAGCUGGACAAGGACAACCUGUCCUACAUUGAGCACAUCUUCGAGAUCUCGCGGCGCCCGGACCUGCUGACCAUGGUGGUGCAGUACCGCACGCAGGUGCUGAAGAUCUCCGAGGAGGAUGAGGUGGACACCAAGCUCACCAGGAUCCCCAGCGCCAAGAAGUACAAGGAUAUCAUUCGGCAGCCCUCGGAGGAGGAGAUCAUCAAGCUGGCCCCCCCGCCCAAGAAAGCCUGAGGGGGGGGCGGCGAGGAGGAGGAGCAGGAGCAGGAGGAGGA